AUGCAGCAAUUUGGAUUGCAUGGUCCUGCUACUAUUGCAGCUUCCGCAUGCGGAAUAGCAUUUGUUGCAUUAAUUGUAGUAUUUCCCGUAAUCUUAAAUGAUAUAGCACAAAUGGAAGAGGAAUUAACAUUACAUCGUGAUCAAUAUCAAGCAAUGUCCAAUACAAUUUGGAAUUAUUUAAUGGAACAAACUCAACAAUUGCGUUUAAGUCGUUCCGUGCGACGAAAUAGAUCAGCAUAUGGUAUUGGCGAAGAAAAUGGUGAUAGAAAAGGUAUAGAAGAAGGCAGAGGUGGAUACGAAGGUGGAAACGGAAAAAAGAAUGGAUACGGUGAAGAAGAAGGAAACGGAAAAAAGAAUGGAUACGGAGAAGGAAACGGAAAAAAGAAUGGAUACGGUGAAAGAGAAGGAAACGGAAAGAAGAAUGGAUAUGGUGGAGGAGAAGGAAACGGAAAAAAGAAUGGAUAUGGUGAACGAGAAGGAGACGGAAAAAGGAAUGGAGAUAAGAAUGGAGAUGUACCAAAUGGUAUGAAAGGUCGAAAUGGUUGUCCUCGGGGACCACCUGGACCACCUGGUGAACCGGGUGAAAAAGGAGAGAAUGGUAUGGACGGAUUACCUGGUAAAGAUGGUAUUGCAGGACUGUAUGAAAGUCCGAAAGAAGGUCCAUGCGCACCAUGUCCACCAGGUAGACCUGGUUUACCAGGCUAUAAGGGAAGAAGAGGACCACGUGGACCAUUUGGCAAAAAAGGAGAACCUGGAAAACCUGGACGUGAUGGAGCGGAGGGUGAGCAAGGACCUGAAGGUGAUAUUGGUCAAGUUGGACCACAAGGACCUCCUGGUGAAAUUGGUGAACCCGGAAGAGAUGGUUAUCAAUAUGUUCGUGGACCACCUGGAGAAAAAGGCGAAAUUGGGCCAAUAGGACCGGAAGGAGAUCAAGGUCCACCUGGCGAACGAGGUGAUGAAGGUGAAAUAGGAUUGGCUGGAGAGCCUGGACGUCCUGGACCAACAGGAGCAGAAGGACCAAUGGGCAUUCCCGGACAAAUCGGACUACCAGGAAUGAUAGGUAUGGAUGCGGAAUAUUGUCCUUGUCCGACACGGAAUGGUAAAGAAAUUGGUGCGGAGUAUGAUUUCAGACAACCAUUGAAAGGUAAGGCUGAAGAAGAUGGCAACGGACUGGUAGGUGUUUACCGGAAAAUCGAAACAAACGGGAAGCCUGAUGCAGUGUCAAAAAUUACUGAUAGUCCACCAGCAAUACGCCCUCAAAACGGUGAAGAAGGAGAAUCAUUGGGUGACAGUUUUCCUGGUACUAAAGGAAAAUUAGAUGAAGUGCAAGUGGCACAACCUUACAAGAAGCAUGCAUUAGCAUCAAUUUUACGACGUCGACAUUAG